AUGGCCGCGGCAGCCUCCUCUUCGCGCAUGCUCCUCGCCCACGGCGACGUCUCUCGCGACCUCGACUCGCUCCAGGAAGCCUUUGCUAACAUUCCUCGCUCCCGCAGCAACCUCGACCGGCUCGCGCCCCCUCGCAACCACCGCGAUACUUCUGACUUCUGGCGCCCUCCUUCCUCCAUCUACUCCGUCAACGACAACUUUGUCUCCCCCCUUUCGCCAGACUUCGCCGACGUGGCUGCCUCGGGUAAUUACGCCUCCGCCGCGGCGGAAGUCUCCCCCCCGAGCUCUCCUGAGCCGGAAGCUCACAGAGACGGGACCCUUAUGCAGCACCGCAGUGUCUCGCCCAUGACCGACUCUCCCCACAUGUCGCAGCAGCUCGAUGCCGGAGCUGAGCACGGCCGUCCGGGCCAGCAGCCGACCCCGGAGCCUCAGCAAAAGACCAACAUCCCAAUGAUGCGCCGGGAGCGUCGCAAGAACCAAGAGGCCGCGGCUCACACGCUCCGCGAGACCAAGUCCCAGCAGCGCCUGCGGAUCCAGCGCGAGACCAGGUGGGAUGACAUGACGGGCGAACCCACGUCCCAGGACACGGGCCGUGCGGGCCAAGUCAGACCACAAGAGUACGCCCAGGAAUUCGGGGCGAAUCAGCCUUUCGGUAAGUCGCCAGCCGCUAUGAGGGCCAUGCAGAACGCACCACAGGCGCAUCAAACUUUUGGUGACCGGCUGCGAAGGUUAAGGCCCAGCGGCGGGAACCAGAAGCAGCAGCCGCCGGCCGAAUCUGCCACUGCUGUUGAGGCCAUCGACGAGCGCCCGCCUUGGCGCGGCGCAAGCGGACGGACGCCCAUCGUCAACCCAGUCCGUGACACCAAGCCCGCAGAACCUCUCAACAUCCCGCCCCAGGGCACGAGACGCGCUGCCGUUGGGCCUCGGCUGCCCAUCGCAGGUGUCGGUUCACCACUGUCCCCUGUCAGCCCCUCGAGAUCUGAAACGUCACCGCGCUCAAGGACGCCCACAGUCAGAACCAUCAUCAGCGCUCCCCGCCAGCUGACUGCUUCGCCCUCCGUGUCCUCACCCUCGGCCACUCGAACCCCGCCUCCCGCACAGUCCUCAUAUCCCAGUCCUCCCAACUCGGGCGCGGGCGUCCAAUCGCCCGUACAUGCGACGCCCGAAGCCACUACUGACGCCAAUGUCGCGACCCGACAGCCUGCACCCUUGCAUGGCCUACCCUUCGCCCCUAAUGCAAAUCUCGGCCGCGACAAGGCCAUCCGGAGAAAGCCUCCUCCCGUCAACUCGCAGCCUCUGCAUGCACCGAAGCCGUCAUACUCGUCGAGCGUCUACUCUGACCUCACCAUCCAAGCACCAGACAGUCACGAAAUCUCACCUCCUCGUGCUCCUGCAGUAGCCCAACGCGAAGCCGCCGCCAGAGAUAACGACACCGCGGGUCAGCCUCCCUCGAGGUUCAGCGUCACGACCUACGCCGCCUCGACGCAGGAUACACCGCGCGAAUCUGCAGACACGGAUCGGCCCCCGGUUCCGUCACUACCAACUCCGCCUCAGCAGGCCGACGGCGUCAUGAACCGCAAGCGUCCGCCUGUCCUCAACUCCCCGAGCCCUUCGAUCAACCCCGACGAGCCCUUUGUCAUCUCCUUGUCGUCCCCUUACAUGUCGGGCGCCUUUGCCGAAGACACCUCGCCGCCUCCUGCCCGAACACAACUCCCCAGUCAGCAGCAGCAGCCGUUGCCACGGACCAGCUCUGCCAGCUUGUUCAGCAACUCGAGCCGCCCCGAUUCGGUCUGGUCCACUAGCAAAGCCUUGCCGCCGCCUCCGACCGAGAUCUCCAUGGUCAACGACCGCGUUGGGUACCUCAACGCCCGGCUGGAGUCGCUGGGCAACCGUCGCAUCAACAUCAACCAAGCCAUCAAGCAGAUGACGGAGCUGAUGCCAACCGACAGCAUCCUGGCGAGCGAGGCCGUCCUCCGUAAGCGCGAGGCCGAGAAGCGCAAGGUGGAAUCCCUCAAGGUCGAGCUGGCCGAGGUCCAGCGCGAAGAGUACGAAAUCGGCCUCAAGCUGCACCGUGCAUACAAGAGGAUGGACCGCAACGCAGAGUAUGAGCCGACAACGCUCUGGGUGAGGAGAGUUACUGGCUAG